AUGGCCAAGAAAGACAACAAGAAAAAGAACAAUGCAAAGAAUGUACCACAUAGAGAUAACUAUGCUCGAAUAUCAUACUUGUACCAACUUUCAAAUCAUUUAACGUUAUCCCAUCCUGCUCUAGCCAGAGGGCUAGCAAGAAAUAUGGAUUUAGUAGGCAAGAAAACUGUCCUGAAAUCAUCACCACUUCUAAAGAGAACUAUAUGUAAACAAUGCCAAAGCAUGCUUAUUCCUGGAUUGACUAUGACUAUGUAUGUGGAGAAUCUUUCCAAACAAAAACUGCCUAUUAAUGAUGUGCUAGUAUGGAAGUGUACUUGCGGAAAAUGCAGGAGGUUCCCCGUAGGUAAAGGAGAGUAUGUUGUGUUUCCAGAUAGAAAUGGUGUACGAAUAGAUUAA